AUGCGGUCUAGGCUAAUAUUCGGUGUUCUACUCGGAAUAUUCCUAGCUUCAAAGUUCGAUUAUAAUAGAUCCCAUCAGGAUGCGGUAGUUUUCAAGCUUACAAACUUCGUCUGCGAGAGUUAUAAUCAGUCCUGGUUCGUGUUCCACAACUGUCGCUUGAAGGCUGUCAGUCGAGGCAAAGUUAUCCUCAAUAUGAAUGGAACGAUAUUACAUCCGGCCAACGAUGUAACCAUUCAUGGCAGAGUUUUCAAAAGGGCAAAUGGCUACAAGCCCUGGCUGUUCGACGUUAACUUUGAUGGCUGUCAAUUUAUACGAAAGCGAAAUCAGCCCUUUGCUAAUUUAGUCUAUGGCUUAUUUAAAGAGUUUACCAACAUUAAUCACUCAUGUCCGUAUGUGGGUCCACAAAUCAUCAAUGGUUUUCAUCUGAAACCCGAACUUUUGCGUCUGCCUUUUCCGACAGGGGAUUAUAUGUUGACGGUUCGGUGGUCUUUCAAUAAAAAGCCACAAUUCGAUACGAAUGUUAGCUUCACAUUCGUGGAGGAUCUGAUGAACAGAAGCUAA